CCAGUCAGCGCCAGUUCCAGCACCUCCCGCCUGCAAGAGAACAGCUGUUCCCAAGGGUACAGGGUCUCCCCAGCUGACUGCUUUCACCAGGGCUGCAGCCCCCCAGGCAGCAGUGCUCAGCAAGCCCCCAUCAUCUCCAAGAAUAAACUCUGAAGCCAGUGACUAUGUGGAUCUGAAUCAUCAGGGAGCUGUUGGAGGAGGGGGAGUGACUUCCCAGGACAGGCAAGCCGACUAUAUAAGCUUCGGAGGGCUGGGUGCCACUGAGAUCUCUUCCACAGCCACUGCCGGCCAGGGAGCAGCUCUCCACCGCACCCACCAUGUCCCAGGAAGCCCCCAUCAAGAAGAAGCGCCCCCCUGCGAAGGAGGAGGACCUGAAGGGGGCCCGAGGGAACUUGGCCAAGAACCAGGAGAUCAAGUCCAAGACCUACCAGGUCAUGCGGGAGUGUGAGCAAGCCGGUUCUGCUGCCCCGUCGGUGUUCAGCCGUGCUCGGACUGGCACAGAGACCGUCUUCGAGAAGCCCAAAGCUGGACCCGCCAAGAGUGUCUUUGGCUGAGAAGUGCACACUACCCUCCUCACCACCAGCAACACAGGAACCUUUCCCAAGAAUUCUUUUUUAUGCCAAGAUAUACCUUCUCACCUGCCACCUUUGGGACUGCCACCCCUCCCCCACAGCCCUUGCCCUUCAGCCCAGGGACUCUGCACCAGCACCUGCGAAGCACCAAUAAAGAGGAUGCCCAAGGGGCCCCAGCGUUUGGAGGGUGUUGGUCACUGGCCCUGGUCACUAAAUGCAGGGGAGGGAAGGGCAGGUGGCUAUGAGGCAUGUUCUGAACUGUUCAAAACUUUUGGAAGGGUCUCAGAGGAAUGCACGUGCUCUUAGGGCCACUGCCACACACAAGAAAGAGCUUUGGACAUGGAGCCCUGGUGCUGACCUGCGUAGCCUCAGAUCAUCUCCCCUCCCUUUUUGAGCCUCAUUAACCCUUGUAUGUGACAGGAGAGACUAUUAUGUAAAACGGGCCAUAGUCACACUGCUCAGAGUGAAGCAGGCGGGGUCUGGGGCUCACCUUCCCCCCACCCCUGUCUUCCACAGAAACCACUGAGGUGCCUCCAGGGACCCCCAGGCUCAGGAUCCUCAAAGCCCCCUCCCCUUGUUUAUAUCGCCUCCCUGCCAGCUUGCCCCCACUUCAAAGACAAAGCCAGGUCGAGGCACCUCUCUGGCCAGUGGCAGUCGCUUCCUGAGCUACCAUCACCGCUCCCAAACUGGGGGCGAGGCCCCACCUUGCCACUCCCACAGCUCUGUGUGAGCCACAUGAGCACCAGGUUCUCCCCGGCGCUUCAAGAUUCUUUCCACUUCAUGCCUCAGUGUCUCUGUGUGUGGAGCUGUCAGAUUCAGGGGACUGCAGAGGCCUGCCCGGCUGGGACAGCAAGACCAUGGACGGUCCAGGGCUGGAGUGGCAGUGACUGGCUAGGGGCCGAUGCCUGCAGUGACGUCCUGCCAGUCCCCUGGGCAGAAGCCAGCCUGACAGGCAGAGGAGCCAAAAUGAAGACCCUCUCCCCUACUGGUGCCUACGGCCUUCUGCUGGUCCUGCCCUUGCUGCUGGCUGUCCUUCAGAGCACCACGGCCCACAAGAAUGACAUCAACAUCUACAGUCUCACCGUGGACUCCAAGGUCUCGUCCCGAUUUGCCCACACAGUCGUUACCAGCCGAGUGGUCAACAAGGGCAGUGCUGUGCAGGAGGCCACCUUCCAGAUGGAGCUGCCCAAGAAGGCUUUCAUCACCAACUUCUCCAUGAUCAUCGAUGGUGUGACCUACCCAGGUAACAUCAAGGAGAAGGCUGCAGCCCAGGAGCAGUACAGCGCAGCCGUGGCCAGGGGAGAGAGUGCUGGCCUUGUCAGGGCCACUGGGAGAAAGACAGAGCAGUUCCAGGUGGCAGUCAGCGUGGCUCCUGCUGCCAAGGUCACCUUCGAGCUGGUGUAUGAGGAGCUUCUGGCACGGCAUCUGGGAGUGUAUGAGCUGCUGUUGAAAAUCCAGCCCCAGCAGCUGGUCAAGCACCUGCAGAUGGACAUUCACAUCUUCGAGCCUCAGGGCAUCAGCUUUCUGGAGACAGAGAGCACCUUUAUGACCAAUGAACUGGCAGAGGCCCUCACCAUAUCACAGAACAAGACUAAGGCUCACAUCCGAUUCAAGCCGACACUCUCCCAGCAGCAGAAGUCCCCAGAGCAGCAGGAAACGGUCCUGGAUGGCAACUUCAUCGUCCGCUAUGAUGUGAACCGGACAGUCACUGGGGGUUCCAUUCAGAUCGAGAAUGGCUACUUUGUGCAUUACUUUGCCCCGGAGGGUCUGUCUGCAAUACCCAAGAACGUGGUCUUUGUCAUUGAUACAAGCGGCUCCAUGAGGGGCAGGAAAAUCCAGCAGACCCGGGAAGCCCUAAUUAAGAUCCUGGGUGACCUCGGCUCCCGCGACCAGUUCAACCUUGUCAGCUUCAGUGGGGAAGCCACCCAGUGGAAGAAGGGGCUGUUGCCAGCCUCAGCUGAGAACGUGGAGGAAGCCAAGAGCUAUGCUGCCGAAAUCCAUGCCCAGGGAGGGACCAAUAUAAAUGAUGCGAUGCUGAUGGCCGUGCAGCUGCUGGAAAGAGCCAACCGGGAGGAGCUGCUGCCCGCGAGGAGCGUUACCCUCAUCAUCCUCCUCACCGAUGGCGACCCCACUGUGGGGGAGACCAACCCCUCGAAGAUCCAGAAGAACGUUCGGGAAGCCAUAGACGGCCAGCACAGCCUCUUCUGCCUGGGCUUCGGCUUUGACGUCAGCUACGCCUUCCUGGAGAAGAUGGCACUGGAGAAUGGCGGUCUGGCCCGGCGCAUCUAUGAGGACUCUGACUCUGCCCUGCAGCUCGAGGACUUCUACCAGGAGGUGGCCAACCCACUGCUGAGGUUGGUGGCCUUUGAGUACCCAAGCAAUGCCGUGGAGGCAGUCACGCAGGACAACUUCCGGCUGUUCUUCAAAGGCUCUGAGUUGGUGGUGGCCGGGAAGCUCCGGGACCAGAGCCCCGAUGUGCUCUCCGCCAAAGUCAGGGGGCAACUGCACAUGGAGAAUGUCACCUUCGUAAUGGAGUCCAGGGUAGCAGAGCAGGAGGCGGAGUUCCUGAGCCCCAAGUACAUCUUCCACAGCUUCAUGGAGAGACUCUGGGCAUACCUGACCAUCCAGCAACUGUUGGCGCAAACAGUCUCUGCGUCAGAUGCUGAGAAGAAGGCCCUUGAAGCCCGAGCCCUGAGCUUGUCACUCAACUACAGCUUUGUCACCCCUCUCACAUCUAUGGUGAUCACCAAACCUGAAGGCCAAGAACAGUCUCAGGUUGCUGAGAAGCCCGUGGAAAAUGGAAACCGACAGGGGAACACCCACUCAGGUCACUCUUCCUUUCAAUUUCAUUCUGUGGGAGACAGAACAUCCAGACUAACAGGAGGCAGCAGUGUAGACCCUGUUUUUUCUCACAGAAGAGGCUGGAAAGGACAAGGACCCCCCGGACCUCUUCAGCCUACUCGUUUUUCUCAUCCGUUUUCCCGUAUAACCUUGGACCGGGUGCUGCCAGAGGUGCUAUCCGUUCCUGAUGAAACGUCACAUGACAUGGAUUCAAGAAUCAUAGGAGCCACGAUACCUCCACCCCCUGCCCGCAUCCAGGCUCCUUCCGUCAUCUUGCCACUGCCUGGGCAGAGCGUGGACCAGCUCUGUGUGGACCUCAAGCACUCCCAGGGCCCAGUGAAGCUGCUCUCAGACCCUGGCCAAGGGGUUGAAGUGACUGGCCACUAUGAGAGGGAGAAGGCCCGCUUCUCAUGGAUUGAAGUGACCUUCAAGCACCCGCCACUGCAGGUUCGUGCAUCCCUGGAGCACAUAGUAGUGAUUCGGAACCGCCAAAGCUCUGCGUACAAGUGGAAGGAAACACUCUACUCAGUGAUGCCCGGCCUCAAGAUAACCAUGGACAAGGCGGGACUUCUGCUGCUCAGCAGCCCAAACAGAGUGACCAUCGGCCUGCUGUCCUGGGAUGGCCCUGGGAAGGGGCUCCGACUCCUUCUGCGGGACACUGACCACUUCUCCAGCCAGAUCAGUGGGACCUUUGGCCAGUUUUACCAGGACGUGGUCUGGGGACCCCCAGCAGCAGCAGAUGACAGCAAGCGAACAGUGACAGUCCAGGGACAUGACCACUCUGCCACCAGAGAGCUCAAGCUGGAUUACCAAGAGGGAUCCCCGGGAAAAGAGAUUUCCUGCUGGACUGUGGUGCUGUAGUUCUGAUGGGAGGAGUUACACCCGCCCCCCAUGCUGCCCCCUUUUUGCAGAUGGCUGCCACACUGUAACCACAGGUCAGCCUGUGGGACCUGGAACAUCAUGGGGAGAUGUAUUUUCACUCAUUAAAAUAAAGAGAGGUGAUGUGAGCCCAGGGA